GGGGUCGAAAUGUUGCUUUCCCGCUUUCCCGUGGGAAAGCUAUUGCGAGCUCGGGAAAUCUAUGUCAAAUCUUACUUUCCCGUCCGGUAAAUCAAUGGAAAUGCCCGGGAAAUGCAAAAACUUUUCGGGAAAGCGCACUUAGAAGUCCCUUUCCCGAAAAACUGUUACCUAUAAUGAAAUUUAUUCCCUGGCACCAAGCCGUCAAUUAUUUAACCAUUUUCCACAAGCUCGACGUAAGUACUCACUCUGAAACUAAGGACGCACGCACGUGACUAGCUAGAAUUUGUUACGGGGCCUCCUUUUGAAUUUCAAGAGAGUUGUCAAUCAAAAUCGUCUCGAGGCAUUUACAUGGGGUAUAUCUGACUCGUUCCCGAUCCCAUUUACACAAUGUUAAACACAGAAAGGAUCAAGGCUGCGCAGCUAGCAGGUAUAACAUAGAGAAGUACAAACCUACGCAGCUCACGGAAACAAAUUAAUGUGCGGGAACAAAGUUAACGCAGCGUCCAAGCCUACACAAAUAACGGGCACCAAACAGCGUAGUACGGGGAACGAAUAUCGGUCAGCCAUUUAUGCACGAUCAGCUGAUGCAAGAUUCAGGUUGCGCGCAUAAGUCGGGCUCAAGUCUAACGGAGGUUGAUGGUCAGAAAAUAAAGUUCCUCAAGUGGAAAAUCAAUGACGAAAGCAAGGGAAAAGCAAGCAAACUUGCUAAACAAGACACAUGUAAACUUCAAGACACGAUAAGAAAUGAGGGUGAAGCAGGUGCACAUGGCGACGAUACAGCUGCCAAAGAUGGACCCAUGGAGAAUAUAGACAGUGGCGAGUAUGGAGAUGAGACAGUUGAAAGGCUUUCAGAACAUUUUAGGACACUGGAUAAUGCUGGCUUUUAAACAAACAUGUGCCAGGCUGAAUGGCCUCAUUAAAAAAAUCCAUGCUGGAACUUCAUGAAAAGGACCAGGACAUAGUUGCCUUUUUAAGUAGAAUGCUGACUGUACUUAAAGAGAUUUACCCUAAUAUUUGUGCUCUCUUGACCAUUGUGAUGGUCCUUUCAGUCAGCACAACAGAUGCAGCAUAUGUAUUUGGUACUAAGAUUUCAGUCACGUUAAUGUUGACAAAUAUAUCUAGUUGUUAUAAAAAACACUAUAUAUGGAUGCCAUGUUAGUUUAUUUCAUAUCAAUAAACAUUCAUUUCUCAAAGAUAUGUUCUUACCUAUAUAAUUCAUCAUCAUAUUAAAAUAAUCU